AUGUGGACCGGGAUACUAAAUGGCAGAAUAAUUGGACCUUUUGAGCUGCCAGAGAUUUUGAAUGGACAAGUUUAUUUGGAUUUUCUUCAAAAUACUUUACCAGAUUUAUUAGAAGACGUGCCACUGAACAUUUACAGAGAAAUGUGGUUCCAGCAAGAUGGCUGCCCAGCGCACUAUGCCCGUUUAUGCCCGCGCUCGCUAUUAAAUCAGGGCGAGAGGUGGGGAGGGGGAGUCGGCGGGUGGGGUUUGUUUGCUAGGCCGAGGGCGGUUUCAGUCUGGCGCGAACGCUCGCGCGGUGUGGAUGUGCGCGCGGUGACCGCGUGUGUACGGAGUUGGCGGGAACAUUCCCGCCCACAAAACGACAAAAUAUUUUCAGACGCUAAUAAGCUGGCGAGCGGCGGUGGCGGCGGCCGAGGUCUCUUCUGCUACCACUGCCCGCCGAGUCUGCCACCGCACCAACACAGACUGCCCGCCCUGGAGUACCCUUUCACCGCCUCGCAUCCUUACACGAGUUACUCGUACCACCCGGCGAUCCACGAUGACACGUUCGUGCGGCGGAAACAACGGCGGAACAGGACAACCUUUACGCUUCAGCAGUUGGAGGAGCUGGAGACGGCGUUCGCGCAGACGCACUACCCCGACGUGUUCACGAGAGAAGACCUCGCGCUCAAGAUCAACCUCACGGAAGCCCGCGUACAGGUGUGGUUCCAAAACCGGCGGGCGAAGUGGCGGAAAGCGGAGCGGUUGAAGGAAGAGCAGCGGAAGCGGGAAGGCGUUGAAAUGCUUCCGAAGAGGGACCCUGCGGAUGAUAAGGGUUCAUCCGAAUGCAUGUCCCGCGGCUCCGCUGAAGCCUCCCCCGUGUCGGGCGUGGCGUCCCCCCGCGCUUCGCCGCCGGUGACGCCGGGCUCGCCGCGCCGCUCGCCGCACCGCUCACCGCACCGCUCGCCGCGGCGGUCGCCCAACAGGUCACCGAGGCCUGACAGGUCGGAGACCAGCUGUCCGUCGCCGGCGCCGUCCGUCGGCAGCGCGGGCUCCAGGGACGCCGCGCCGGAACCGCGGCCUCAGCACCACAUCUUCUCGCCUUUCGACCAUUCAAGCGCCUACCGAGCAUCGCCUGCGGCGGCGGGAGACGCGCCCCCCGCGCCGCCGCUGUUCCUCCCCCCUCACCUCAGCCACCUCUCGCAGCACCUUAACCAUCUGUCGCAACCCUUCUUCCCCAGCUUGAAAGGUUGGGGCGCCCCCUGCCCCUGCUGUCCCAAAGAGGAAGCCCGUUCAACCAGCGUGGCGGAGCUCCGGCGUAAAGCCCAUGAACACUCGGCAGCGUUACUGCACUCCCUGGCCUUCCAGUCGCGGGCGCUGCUGCCGCUGCCGCUGCACCUGCCGCCGCUGCCCAUGUCGCUGCUGCCGCACGAGCCGCCGCCGAACCAGUCGGAGACACAGAAAAAUAUAGACUAAACCCGUAACAGUCGG